GUUGCUAUACCCAGCCUACAAUCCAGACAAAAGACGGCAAGAACUAUGGGAGUCAAUGGCUGGGCCAGUGGUGGCAUAGCACAACACAGGUAAAAGAGCCGGCCUUUAGAAGAAGAAGAAUAGACGUUUGGAGUCGUAGGCUAGGGAACUUCGGUUCGAUUCUCGGGUUCAUAUAAAGACCUUCUGGCUCGCAUUGCAUCCACGUUGUUCGCCUCUCUUCUUCCCUCUUCUCUUUUCGAGUCGGACAUCACCAACCCGAGAGUUUUUACGGUUGAAACUGCCCAAGGACCCAGCACAAGUCACGUUUUUCCAUCACGAACUUUCGCCAUGCCUCGCUCGUUCUGUAUUCCUGGGAUCAUAUUCCUGUUCUGUGCAUUCGUGCUUAGCUUCAUCGUCUCCAUCUCUCUACCAUACCUGACAGCGAUGGAUAUCGCUCGUGUACAUUUCAACGGCAGUCCUCUUGUUUCUGGCAAUCAGGCUACCAUGACACAGUUACGAGUAAGUGAGAUUUUUUGGGCUUACUGCUUCGACGAGUCGAGUGGUAAUACUGUAUGCUCCAACAAUGGUCAUGGUUAUUCCGUCACCGUCCAAACGAGCUCAGGCAGUUCCGAGACUAUUGCCUCAUCCUGGACUCGAGGACUCGCGGUCCACCCUGUGGCAACUGGUGUCACUUUCGUCGCGCUCCUACUGUCUUUCUCAACUCACGUCACUGUGACGCUCUUCGCGUCCAUCGUCUCCUUCCUCGCCGCGCUCUUAACUCUUCUCGCGUUCGUCAUCGACAUCGCGCUCUUUGCUUGGGUUAAGCAACAAAUGAGCAAGUUGGACGACGUGAGCGAGACCACGAUCACUGGUCCAGGGUUUUGGCUCACAUUCGUGUCGAUGAUCCUGUUGUUCUUGGCUGGAUGCACGGUUUGCUUUGGAAGGAGAAAGGAUCGUAUGUCCAGUGCCACUACGUCGUACCCCAUGGCGGGUGCCAAAGGCGGAUUCUGGUCGCGUUUCAGGAGAUAAUCGGUCUUUUCAAGAGUUGGUUUUCUGUCACCUUUUUAUUCAUAAACUUCUCGACCAUCCUAAUGGGGAGCAGUACUACUAACGGUUUUCUUCUCGAUGUCAUUUUGGAUAGAUUUGCUUGUUGUUCUGUACCCUUGUGACACUUCUAUUGAAAUGCAGGCAAACAGGUUUUAUUAUAACAGUUAUUUAGUGG